CGCACCUUACCUUUUUCUUCCAGUGGAUCCAGUUGCUUCUCUGCAUGUGGCGACUGUGGCCGGCCAUUCAGCACGGAACGGAAUUUGGCACUGGAACGAUUGGCUGAAAUAGUGCCAUUUCCGUGCGUAUUCCAGUGCGAGGGCUGCGUCAUCUAUUCACGUUUGGACUCGAAAAUCGACCAUGAGGAGUUUUGUUCAUUUCAGUUACUCGGUUGUCCCUUUUGUCCUGCAAAGCUACGUGGACGUUGGAAGACUCUGGCACAGCAUUUGGCUUCGGAGCAUCCGCUUGUCAAGUCGCAGUGCUUCCCAGUUCAGAUUCCGGCGAGCACGGAGGAGCUCUGCCGUGCGGUGAAGCUGAAAGAACCUUUCGAAGAGUUCACUGUCUUGCAACACAGAGGUCGCUCAUCGUCACGUCUUCGCCGCCACGCUGUUGCUUCUGCUGCAGCCACUCCCCCGGCCGCGCCUCAAUUCCCCGACGAAGGAGAAAUAUUUGUUCUCGCCGUUUGCACAAGGCCUGAGCAUGACAGCGUGUUGUACACAAUGCGAGCAUUUCGUGCCAAAACGGUUGAAGCUUCAGCGCAUUACCGCUUAACCUUUGCGUCCGAUGGAAUGUCAACUCUGUCCUACGCGGGUGUUGUGCAAGCUUGGGUGGCGAGGAAGAAUGAUGUGGCUAAUAAGGGCAAUUCCUUGGCACUUCCCAGCGACUUUUUCCUCAACUCCUUGAACGUAUGUUCUUUGGAAGUCGAGCUGAUUCUGGACCAAGUGUCGUCUUGAAGUGCUGGAUUAUUCUGCGCAAGAUAUCUUCAUCAUCCUUUCUGAGUGGGGCUAUGGGAGUUCGGCUCUGCUAACACAAGG